AUGCAAGGUGGCAACAUGACAAAAAAGGACAAAGCGGCAUGGAUGAUGAUUCUUACAACCACUAACAAGUAUAUCCAUGGAGUCAUCACUGUUGCUCAAUCACUACGUCGAUUGGGUAGUCAAUACCCAUUGGUGGUAUUACACACACCUGCCGUGUCUGAAGCUGCAUUGAGACUACUAUCGAGCUAUGGUUGUCAGCUUAAACCAAUUCAACCGAUUCAUCCUCCAGGAACAACCAAUUAUCAAUUUCCACGGUUUGCGGAGACAUGGACUAAGAUGAUUGCUUGGGACCAAGAAGAAUACGAACGUGUGGUGUUAAUGGAUGCCGAUAUGUUGCCGAUGCAAAACAUGGAUGAAUUGAUGGACAUACCUCUCCCAGACUCAGAUCACAUAGCCGCUUGCCAUGCGUGCACUUGCAAUCCACAAAAGACAAGCACGUAUCCACCAGAAUGGAACCCUACCGAUUGUGCCUACAAUAACCCCCAGGGUGCCAAAGUCAAUUACUUUAAUAGUGGAUUGAUCGUUUUACGACCAUCGCAUGCCAAGUUUCAAGCCAUCAUGGAGAAAAUAUAUGGAACCAACAAUUUGACCUCAUACACAUUUCCGGAUCAAGAUUUCUUGAACGAGGUGUUUAAUGAAAAAUGGGUCAAGCUACCCUACAUCUACAAUGCUCUAAAGACACUACCCGUAACCCAUGCUGGAAUGUGGCGUUUGGAACAUGUCAAGAAUAUCCAUUUCAUCUUAACACGCAAACCAUGGGAUGGCGAGGGUGAGGAUGAUCGUUACCUGCAUAAUGUAUGGUGGGAACAUGUCAACAAGGAGGAUCUAAUAGCCGUUGACGACAUCAUAAGCUCAUAG